AUGUUGACCUGCGCGCCAAUUGGAUGGUCAAGCUAUGCUCCUUUAAUGCAUUACAAAACAGUGACUCCCUGUAAAAGUGAGGUUGGGAUGUACAAUACUAUAUACGAAAAUGUCUCUAGAAAGUUUCUACCUAAGGACGUUUAUGAUAAUUCUCAGCGAAAAAUUGCCAAAAGAGUGCUCAAGAAACAAAAACGUAUUCACGAAACGCAAAGGCCCAAGCCUGACUUGCGCAUUCGCCGCCAUGUUCGAAACCCUUCGAAUGAUCCAACUUACGCUGCGAAGUCAGACAAUGUGUUUCAUGAGAGACCUUUCUUCCCGCCGAUAAAAAAGAAUCUCCCUAUAACGUCAUAUCUACCAUACACUCCUCAAGAGGUGAAUUCCAUUGUAAAACGAUUGUCUACGUACGAAAAAUACAGAGUUCCAGAGUCACGUGGAUAUCCGAUGCCUUCACCGGAGCCAAGUUGGACAAAAGAAGCCAAAAAAUAUAAUGAAAAUGAUGUUCAGGAGGUUGUAAAUCGUCUGUCGCACUAUAAUCCAGAAUUUCAUCCUCCAGAGUCUCGCGGAUCUGUUAGAACGCACCUACAGUCACGCGGUACCACAGCUGCAACAAGAGUACAAUCCCGCGGAAAGAGUUCACAAGAAAAAACACAGGAUAAUCCCAAAUCGGCGAUAUCUGCAGUUUAA